GUGUCCCGUGGUGGCAGGAACCUGGAGGUGGAGGCGCGUGGGGAAGCCUGAGCACAGCCGUCACCAGAAUCCCCUUGGAUUCACAGCCCCAGGAAGCUGGGAGAUCAGUGCCCCGGGUGACAGGGAAGGUCUGCUGCCCACCACCUCUGACCCCCGACAUCUGCGCUUCCUGGGCCCAGGAGGCACCAUGUGGCGAUGUCCACUGCGGCUGCUGCUGCUGCUGCUGCUGCUGGCUGGCGAGUUGGCCCUGGGUGCCCGGCGGGGUCGUGGGCGCCGCGAGCUAGCGCCAGGCCUGCACCUGCGGGGCAUCCGGGAUGCGGGCGGUCGGUACUGCCAGGAGCAGGACCUGUGCUGCCGCGGCCGUGCCGACGACUGUGCCCUGCCCUACUUGGGUGCUACCUGUUACUGUGACCUCUUCUGCAACCGCACCGUCUCCGACUGCUGCCCUGACUUCUGGGACUUCUGCCUCGGCGUGCCACCCCCCUUUCCCCCCAUCCAAGGAUGUACGCACGGAAGUCGCAUCUAUCCAGUCCUGGGAACCUACUGGGACAACUGUAACCGUUGCACCUGCCAGGAGCAAGGGCGGUGGGAGUGUGACCAGGAGCCAUGCCUGGUGGACCAAGACAUGAUCAAUGCCAUCAACCAGGGCAACUACGGAUGGCGGGCUGGGAACCACAGUGCCUUCUGGGGCAUGACCCUGGAUGAAGGCAUUCGCUACCGCCUGGGUACCAUGCGCCCUUCUUCUUCUGUCACCAAUAUGAAUGAGAUUCACACAGUGCUGCGCCCCGGGGAGGUGCUGCCCACAGCCUUUGAGGCCUCUGAGAAGUGGCCCAACCUGAUCCAUGAGCCUCUGGACCAGGGCAACUGUGCGGGCUCCUGGGCCUUCUCCACAGCAGCUGUGGCGUCCGAUCGCGUCUCAAUCCACUCUCUGGGGCAUAUGACACCUGUCCUGUCGCCCCAGAACCUGCUGUCUUGUGACACCCACAACCAGCGGGGCUGCAGCGGGGGGCGUCUCGACGGCGCCUGGUGGUUCCUGCGACGCCGAGGGGUCGUGUCUGACCACUGCUACCCAUUCGUGGGCCGUGAGCAGGACGAGGCUGGCCCGGCACCCCGCUGUAUGAUGCAUAGCCGGGCCAUGGGUCGGGGCAAGCGCCAGGCCACUGCCCGGUGCCCCAAUAGCCAUGCCCACGCCAAUGACAUCUACCAGGUCACUCCGGCUUACCGCCUCGGCUCCAACGAGAAGGAGAUCAUGAAGGAGCUGAUGGAGAAUGGCCCUGUCCAAGCUCUCAUGGAGGUGCACGAGGACUUCUUUCUGUACCAGAGUGGCAUCUACAGCCACACCCCAGUGAACCUUGGGAGACCUGAGCGGUACCGCCGGCAUGGAACCCACUCGGUCAAGAUCACAGGGUGGGGAGAGGAGACGCUGCCCGAUGGAAGGACGCUCAAAUACUGGACGGCGGCCAACUCGUGGGGCCCAGCCUGGGGCGAGAGGGGCCACUUUCGCAUCGUGCGCGGCGCCAACGAGUGCGACAUCGAGAGCUUCGUGCUGGGCGUCUGGGGCCGUGUGGGCAUGGAGGACAUGGGGCACCGCUGAGGCCCUGGCACGGAGCCCGGCCAGCCGGCGGAAGAGCCCCUGGGGGCGGCACCGCUCCGCUCCGCCCCGCGGCUGCCUGCCGACGAGGCCCCGGGGCGCAGGCGGGCGCCUGGGGUCUAAUCCCCGCGCGAGGGGCGGUUCCGCUGAUGCAGCGCCCGGCCUGGGAGCCGAGGGCAGGCGAGGCUGGUGGAGCCCCCAGACCUCCCAGCGGGGACUGGGCAGGGCCUGGCCCCGGAGGAGCGGGCCUGCAGAUCCCAGGCCGCGGCACCCCCGCUUAAGACCACUGAAGCCAGGACACCCCCAAGUCUCCAGCCCCACCACCCUAUCCCACCCCACUCCUGUACUUCUAUUCUCCAAAGAUAUUUAUUUUUCUUUUCACUGUUUUAAAAAUAAAAAGAGUACUGAUCA